UGUUCCAGGAUGUACAUGUGAUGAUAUUUAUCGGUUUUGGAUUUCUGAUGACAUUCCUCAAGAGAUACGGUUACUCGGCUGUCAGUAUCAACCUCCUCAUCGCCGCCGUCAUCAUCCAAUGGGCGCUCAUCGUCCGAGGUGUCAUUCAUCAACUUCUACACGAGGAAGACAAAUUUACGAUCGGAGUAGGGGACAUGCUGAGCGCCGACUUUGCAGCGGCGACAGUCCUGAUUUCGUUCGGAGCUGUGUUGGGGAAGACAAGCCCUCUCCAGCUCAUCGUCAUGGGGCUCAUCGAGGUCGUGCUGAGUCAGAUUAAUGAGUACAUCGGACUCGACAAACUCAAGGCUGAAGACGUAGGCGAGUCGAUGUACAUCCACGCAUUUGGUGCCUAUUUUGGUCUCGCUGUUUCCCGAGUUCUCUUCUCGGAAGACAUCGAAAAGUCGUCAAAGGAAGGGGCAGUAUAUCACUCCGACAUUUUCUCUAUGAUCGGCACGGUGUUUCUGUGGAUCUACUGGCCGAGCUUUAAUGGCGGGGCGGCCAGUGGGGACGAACAACAUCGAGCUCUGGUCAACACCUAUCUGUCACUCACCGCCUGUACCGUGGCCACAUUCGCCUUCUCCAUGUGUGUCGACAAAAACGCCAAGUUCGAUAUG